GUGUGUGCAGUCAGUCCCAGUCAGUCAGUGGAGUCCGUUGACGGGGGCAGAAAGCACCAGCAACAUCGCAACGUGCGUCCAGCUGUGCCUGUCAUCUAUCACCUUGUCUGGAAACUUCUCCCUUUGCACCAACUGGCGGGCCGAAAAUGGGAAACUACCCGAGUUAGUUCUCGAAGAGGACCUCAAUUCAGGGACCGACUGCCAAAAGUGCCAGGCUCAUCCAGUGAGUCAGUCACAUCCUUCACGUCCAGGGAGGUGAUCCAGGAGCCCCGGUGGAGAUGCAGACCUUCCUAAAAGGCCGAAGAGUCGGCUACUGGCUCAGUGAGAAGAAGAUGAAGAAGCUGAAUUUUCAAGCCUUUGCAGAUCUGUGCAGGAAAAGAGGGAUAGAAGUAAUCCAGUUGGACCUCAGCCAACCUCUGGAAGAGCAGGGUCCCCUGGACGUCAUCAUCCACAAACUGACGGACCUCAUCCUGGAGGCUGACCAGAACGAUUCUCAGGCUGUGCUGCUGGUGCAAAGAGUGCAGGACUACAUCGAUGCCCACCCCGAGACCAUCGUCCUGGACCCCCUGCCGGCUAUCAGGACUCUGCUGGACCGUUGCAAGUCUUACCAGCUCAUCCACAGGAUAGAAAGCUGUAUGCAAGACGAGAGGAUUUGCUCUCCUCCGUUCAUGGUGCUCAACACCGAGUGCAGCCCGGAUGUGCUGGAGCAGAUCAGGAAUCACGGACUCACAUUCCCGUUCAUUUGCAAAACUCGAGUGGCCCAUGGAACCAACUCCCAUGAGAUGGCUAUUAUCUUCAGCGAGGAUGACCUGAAGGACGUGAAACCCCCCUGCGUCAUCCAGAAUUUCAUCAACCACAAUGCCGUGCUCUACAAGGUAUUUGUGGUUGGAGACUCCUACACAGUGGUGGAGAGGCCCUCCCUCAAGAAUUUCCCCGCCGGGCCUGCAGACAGGAAAGCCAUUUUCUUCAACAGCCACAAUGUUUCCAAGCCAGAGUCGUCCUCAGACUUGACCUCGAGGGAGAACGUGGAGGGUGUGUCUCAGCCUCCCAGCGACGACGUCAUCCGAGAACUGUCCAGGCGCUUGCGGCAGGCGCUGGGCGUGUCCUUGUUCGGCAUCGACGUCAUCAUCAAUAACCAAACUGGCCAGCACGCCGUCAUCGACGUCAACGCCUUCCCUGGUUAUGAGGGCGUCCCCGAGUUCUUCAACGAGCUGCUCAACCACAUCAGCAGUGUGCUCCAGAGCCAUGUCGGCCCAUCCGACCCAUCUCCCGCCGGCGAGCCACCCAAAGGUCUGAGCCCCGCUGCCGCCGCCUCCCCGUGGAUGGUGGAGGGCGACACGGGACUGAAGGGCGCCCGUCACCAGCGGCUGGGCUGCAGCUCGCCCAUGUCGCCCAACUUUCAACAGCACUGCGUGUCCACCAUAGCCACAAAGGCCUCCUCCCAGUGACUCUGCCCCGUACCGCCCAGCCCCAGCAAGAACACACAUUGUCACAACGGUGACAAUAAUGAUUACUAAAUCAUAAUCAUUCAAAUGAUACUAUCUCUAAUCACAACCUUUUCCAGUGUAGUCCUUGCAAAUGAUGGUGAUUGAGUGUAAAGCUUUUUCCUCUCUCUUUUUGCCUUUUUUUUUUUUUUUUUUGUCCAAUGGGACUUUUGUCAGUACUGUAAUGUGAACCCUUUGGGAAGUCAUUUGUAUUUGCUGCAGUGACACCCGGCUCGGCAUUUUCAGACUGGGGAAAGACGUGCCACUUGAUGUGCAAUGUGUGUGUGAGUGUGUGUGCGCGUGUUGUGCGUUGUGUUCAACACCACUGACUCCUCUAUAAGGGGAGAGAGCGUGCGUUUGAACUAAAAGAUAAGCUGUUGACUUUCCGAGUGCCAUCAAAUUUUAGACUUGAGUUGAACAGCUGAGAAGGAAUUCUCAAAAUGACCAAGUGAGCGCAAGAAGACAUUCCGCUUUGUUUCGUCUUUCUUUUGUUUGUCUGCUUUUUUGUUCCACGAAAUGAACUCUGCAAGAUUCCAUGAUGAGAUUCGUCGCAGCAUUUCAUAGAGUCAAUUGUCUAUUUUUUUUUUUUUCCUCUUAUGCUCACUGCCUUCCGAGCGUAAUUUAUUCCACUGAUUGUUUUAGAUCAAAUAUGCCGUCAACACUUUAAAGGAGAUGAUUAAAUAACUAACAUUGGUUAAUGGGGCAGUUUGCUUGAUUGGACCCCCCCACACACAACUUUUUUAAACAUUCAGCUGAAUGUGAAUCCACCCAGUCAGCUGUAAAUGUUUAAAUAGCACAUGUGGGAUGUGAUUUUUUUUUUUUUUCUUUUAAAAUGUAUUAAAUGGGAUUUUAUGGGAAAUCGUUUUAUAUGAAUGACAGCAUGUGAACAAAUGUAUUUACGAGAAGAAAAGGUUUGCUUUUCUUAAAAAAAAAAGACAAAUUGGAGAACAAAGGUGUUAAAAGGGAUAGAUGUGUGCAAAACAGCCAAAAUCUGGAAAUUUGUCUUCCUCUAAGUCUGCUUCCUGGACACCUCAACUCUUCUUCCUCAUCCAUAGAGUUGAUUUGGCAAUGGAAUUAAGUCUGCCUUUUUCCACGGGUCAGAUGGGAAUAAGUAUUAAGCAGGAAAUUGAUAGAUGUGUUAUGACCCUUGGAGGCCCCCCAGAUAGGGAAAAGGCUGCCCACCCCUGCUGUAAAGUCACAUCAUCUCACCAGCACUCAACACACUUGACCUUCAUUUAAAGGCGUAGCCCAGGGGUGUCGAACUCCAGUCCUCGGGGGCCGCGUUCCAAUAUGUUUUCCAAGUUACCCUCGUUAAACACACCUGAGUGAAAAGUUGAAGGCAUUUUCAUGGUCUGCAGGAGCCCAACUUUUCACACAGGUGCACUAACGAGUGAAUCUUGGAAAACAUGUUGGAAUGCGGCCCCUGAGGACUGGAGUGCGACACCCCUGGCGUAGCCUGAAGGGGGCAGGCUUAGAGAAAGCCCACAUGUUCUGUUUUGUCACACUUUUACAUGACCAAAAAAAAAAAAGGAAAUCCUACCUGUGGUCACGUGUAAGCCCUCGUGUGAUCAUGAUCAGCAAGCUCGCUUUCCACUUUCAAAAUGUUUACUCCUUGGGUGUCAUGUACAGUCGGUGUAUAUACGCCUAAGCUUGCUUCCAUACAGUGCGUUGUUUAGUAUGCAUUGUCAUGGAAAGGAAUCCAUAAUUUGUUUUUUAAUCAGUCAACUCACCGAGAUGAAAUAAAUGAGUGGAAAUCUC